AUGAUUCGGCAGCUGGUGGCUCUGCCUAGCCUGGGCCAGCGGGGCAUAAUCGUAUCGCUCGAGGGUGGCUACAACCCAAGCGCGACAGCGGAUGGCUUGGAGGCAUGUUUGAGGUGCAUGUUGUGCGCUGGCGCUGCCGGCGUAAGCCACGACGUUCAGCAAAAGCGCGCAAGCGUGAAGCGAGAGACUGCCAUCAGUUUGAGAGCUGCGUUGCAGUGCCAGUCCCGGUACUGGCCUUGCCUUACGGGCUGGCAGAGCAUUGUCGUCGCAGGUGUUCGCCUCGGAGACCUUCUCUUCCCCUUGGUCUUGCAGUGCGCACAGCACCUCCCUUGCUGGUGCGGCCUGGGCUCAGAGCCCGAUCAUUCCAACGACUGGGAGGCUCUCCCAGAAAGCUUCCUGGCGCAAUCUGCGCUGACGCAGCUGGCGGACGUGGAUGCUGACAGCACUCCAGAGAAAUUGGCAGAGAGAUGCGUUGCCAGAUUUUUGGGCGGUGGUAUGCCUCGCACCGCUUCUGAUUUUUCUGUCGUAUCCAGGCGGCUCGCGGACACCCGCGGUGGCCUUGGCACUGUGCUUGCCGUCCAGGUCAGGUGUGACCAGGGCGCCAAGCGCGAGGCCAUCGUCAAGCUGCUCGUCACUCCGCAGGACCCAGUGGACGAGUCUGAUGCGAAGGUGCGCGAAUCGUUCCGAGCUGAGAUGGAGUUCUACACGCGUGGCACCGCCCAGAGGCUUGCUGCUGCUGGGGCGUUCUGCCCAAAUUUGCUGCACACAACUUGUGAAUCAUCGCUUUCGGUGCUGUGCCUGAGUCUUCUGCCGGGAUCCAGGCAAACGCAACGCCUGACGCGGCAACAGUUGUUGGCCGCGCUGCAUUGGCUGGCUCGGCUUCAUUCACUUUUCUGGGGUGAGCGCGCUGAUGAGCAGGUGGCGCUCGGUGGGCUGCACGCGCACGGCUGUUUUUGGGAUCAUGGGAGGACCACCACGGAGUGCGGUAAGGACCUCGCAGGUUGGGAGAGGCGUCUGACCAUGGCAGGACGAGCAAUUGACAUGCGGUUGAAGGCCGACGUCUUCCAGGCCAUCUGCCACGGAGACGCCAAGCCGGACAACAUGAUGUUCUGGGCGGAGGGCGAGGGCGUCGCGGUUGCCGUCUGCGAUUUUGAGCAUGCGGGGAAGGCCCAGCAUAUGAAGGACGUUGCUUAUUGCAUGCUCAGUGCAGGAGCUCUGGGCGAGAGUGCAGCGGAGCAGGACGCGUACCUUCAGCAGUACCUCGAGCUGCUGUUGCCGCUCCUGCCUCCCGGACCUGAAGGGGCGCCGACGCUGACCCAGAUUCGGACCGCGUAUUCGUUGUGCAUCUGCGACUUCGCGAGGUGGAUGUGUGCGCGCGGCUGGUCGAAGGAGGAGCGGGCAGUGUUCGAGGAGCCCUGCGUGGCAGUACUCGGGGCUAUCGAUGGUGGCGUCGCUUUGUCCUCCGAGGGAGACUACGUGGCAGCAGUGUUCGCCGCGUUUCCGCCAUGCUGA